GUUCAGCCAACUGGCAACCAACUCUGUGUGAAAACACGACAAUUGCCUGCUUUCUUCUCCAUACACAGCUCAUCAUCAUUCGCUCAAACCGUGCAGUCAUACAACUCUUCUAUCGUCAUCGUCACGAUGCCAUCCCCUAAGGGCUUCUUCCAUUUAAUUCAAUUGGCUGUUUUCCUCGGCCAAGGCCCAUCCUCUGGUGAAGCAGCAAGCUUUCCAACACGAGCGGACAACAGUCGCACUGCUGCUCCUGCGGAUUGUAUCGUGGUAAGGCCCGGUGGUGCUAGUGCAUCAGAGUUCAACAGCCUACAAGCUGCCGUUAACUCUAUCGGUUCAUCUACGAAGCCUACGUGUAUCUUCCUCAACCCAGGGACGUACAAUGAGCGCGUGGAGAUCAAGGUCAAAGCACCUUUGACGCUCUAUGGGUCAACCGUCGAUACUAGAAGCUACAAGAAGAACACCGUUGUUAUCCAGAAUACACUUGGCUCACAGGAUGCGGGCUCCUUGGACGCAAGUUCAACCGUCAAUCUUAGAUCCAACGACUUUGCUGCGUACAACAUUGACUUCGUUAACGGGUACACAGCUGGACAGGCUGUUGCCUUGACGGCAAAUGGCAACAGAACCGGAUUUUAUGGCUGCUCCUUCAAAUCGUACCAGGAUACUCUGUAUGUCAAGGCUGGAUGGAUGUACUACUCCAAUUGUUAUAUCGAGGGUGCGGUCGACUAUAUCUUUGGCAACGGCCAUGCAUGGAUUGGCGAAUCCACUAUUGCUUCUAAUGGACCGGGUUAUAUCACGGCAUCAUCUCGAACUGAGCCAACCGACACCUCACGUUAUAUCAUCGAUCACAGCACGAUCACAUCUACCGGCACUCAAGAUCUUACCAACAAAGUAUACCUCGGACGUCCUUGGAGAGUCAAUGCAAGAGUGAUGUACCAGUACAGCACCUUGACAAACGUCGUUAGACCCGAGGGAUACUCACCCAUGGCUGAAGGCGCAACACCUGUCUUCCAAGAGUUCGGAAACACAGGUGCUGGUGCAGACACUUCGCAGAGAAAGUACUUCACCCCUUCUGAUAGGGCUCUGACGAAGCAGGAUCUUUGGGGAAGUGAUUUCAAGUGGUAUGAUAGUAGCUACUAGUCUAUAUAUAUGAGAGACAAGGAGUGUUACUACGCAAGAACGUGCUUUCGGCUAUACAGUAAUUUCCUGAAGCUUGAGAGUAGCCACUGGUGUUCCAGCAUCAUGAUAUCUAACGGGAUUCCAUCAACUGUUUUGGCUCCACCCAUAUCAUCAGCCAAGGCUCCUCUCCAGGCUUUGCACUGCUGAGAUGAAGGUAUGCAUCCUCUUCUAGCGUCCACGUCAACUCACCUGGAGAGCCCUCCUUGACAACCACGACAUCUGGCUCUUCACUUUCCUCAACCACUGGCUUAGUGUUCAAUG